CCGGCUCUUUGGAAACCUUUGUCAUCGGAGAUUUCUAACACGGUGUUCAAUCUCCCGCCAUAAAUAAGGGUACCCUCACCACACCAGUCACCAAACCAAACCAUACUGAACUGAACUGAACUGAAUAAUAGCAACGAGAAUAGACGACCGAAGCAACACCGAGAGCGAUCAUGGAAAUAGAUUUGGUUGGAAAAACAAUGGAAAACAAGCAGAUCAUAUUCAAAAGAUAUACGAAUGAAUCUGUACAAGAAACCGACAUGGAAUUGAAGCUUGGAAAUCCGAUCAAAUUGGAAGCACCGAAGGGAUCGAAUGCCGUUUUAGUUAAGAACCUCUACUUGUCAUGCGAUCCUUACAUGCGCGGCCGUAUGCGGGAUUUCCAUCGCUCCUAUAUUCCUCCCUUCUCUCCUGGAUCUGCAAUAGAGGGGUUAGGAGUGUCAAGAGUGUUGGAUUCUGAUGACCCAAAUUUCAAAAGAGGGGACUUGGUAACAGGAUAUACAAAUUGGGAAGAAUACACUUUAAUCAAGAAGACUAAUGAACUGAGGAAAAUUCAACAAGAUGAUGGAAUCCCUCUCUCUUACCAUGUUGGUCUUCUCGGCAUGCCAGGAUUUACAGCUUAUGUUGGGUUUUACGAGGUUUGUGCUCCUAAAAAAGGAGACUAUGUAUAUGUAUCUGCAGCAUCUGGAGCUGUUGGACAGCUUGUUGGUCAACUCGCUAAGUUACAUGGAUGCUAUGUCGUUGGAAGCGCUGGAACAAGCCAGAAAGUGGAACUUUUGAAGAAUAAGCUCGGGUUUGAUGAAGCCUUCAACUACAAAGACGAAUCAGACCUCGAGUCAGCUUUGACGAGGUACUUCCCUCAAGGAAUUGAUAUAUACUUUGAUAACGUGGGGGGAGGGAUGCUUGAUGCAGCACUCGCAAACAUGAGGGCCCAUGGGCGUGUGGCCAUAUGUGGGAUGGUUUCUCAAAACAAUAGAACGGAUCCGCAGAGUUUUCGCAACAUGUUUAGUAUUAUAUCAAAGCGUAUAACAAUAAAAGGUUUCCUUCAGAGCGAUUUUAUCCAUUUAUACCCCAGGUUUUUGGAGGAAAUUACGGGUUACUACAAACAGGGAAAGAUUGUUUACAUAGAGAAUAUGAACCAUGACAUUGAAACUUCACCGGCUGCCUUUGUUGGCCUCUUUUCCGGCAAGAAUGUCGGUAAGCAAGUCAUAUGCGUGGCUACCGAGUAAAUGGGUUGAUAUCUAGAAAUACUUUUACGAUUAAAUUAUCAAGAUUUCAAUAUAUUUUUUUUAAUAUCCAGUAUUGUAAUAUUUUCAUUCAGUUGAACAAACGGUAGUAAAUAAUUAUCAAGAUUAAGCAA